UGUUUGUGCAGAAUCUGAGUCAAGUUGGACUUGCUUAGUGUUUGUGUUGAUUUAACGGUAUUUUYCUUGGUUUUCCCGUUAAAAUGACAAAGGUACUAGGUAAAGGACGUGGUAUGGUAUCUCUAGAAACAUGGCUGCCUUGUAGGAGACCUGGWCAACCGAGAGAUCCGAACAUCAAACCAAUCAACAUUGUAGCUUUGCUGAACACAGCUUCAAAACCCAAACAAACUGAAGAAAACGGCACAUCACAAAAAGUACCUCCAACACCACCAUCAACAGCCAAUGGCCCUGUYACUCUUGUUGCUAAAUAUAACUAUAAGUCCAAUCCUAACCGACCAGGAGGGUUUGAUGAGAUGUCCUUGGUACAAGGAGAAAAACURACCUUUAUUGCGCCUCAUUCUGUUAACCCUUAUUGGUGGCAAGCUGAAAGAGAAAGUGGAGAAUGUGCAUAUGUCCCAGCAACCUAUGUUAUGGCAUUAGAAAAUAAAGUUACAAGUCUUCCAUGGUUAGAGGAAAAAAAGGCUGCCAAGGAACAAGAAGCAAAGGAACGAGCUGAAAAUGGUGAUMUCCCGGUGCAACCUGUUUUUAAACCUUAUCAAUCAGCUUAUAAUAAAGUGGACAGUAGUAAAAAUGAGUCAUCUACACCGUCUAGUAAUUAUUAUUGUGAAGUGUGCGAUAAAACAUUGAAUGGAAUCAAACCAUAUCAAGCUCACAUGGUCAGUAAAGCRCAUAAAGAAGAAGUUGCCUUAGCAGAGUUAUACAACUCKUAAUACCUUARAACUACAUGGCCAGGUAUUUCAUUGACCAAAGAACAAUAUACCAAAAUUAAUGGCUUGUUCAACAUAAAAGAUAAUAUUCAAGAUAUUAUAUUGUAAACAUUUUCCSUCAGGAUGUUUAGAAAAGUUUUAUUGUUGACUGUUGAAGCAAUAUCAGUUCUUKUACUCUGCCACAGGCAGUCCGAGAAUAUUGACAAAUGAUUUUUUUAAUAAUUUUUGUACUGACUAGUUUCUUYCUGUGGAUAUAGGUUUAUGCUAGUGAUCUCAAUUUUAUUAGUUUAGUGUUUCUCUCUUGGAAGGUUGAUUAAGCUAUCUUGUCACUCAGACAUCGUGAGAUAUAAUACUUGUACCCCCACCUCUCCCCUGAAGAGAACUCAACUUAAAAAAUAAAACAGAAGAAAAAUUCAAUCAAGAAAAGUGCAUAUGAAGUCAUAGAUAGACACGUAAAAAGACAUAUCAAAGGACAUUUUAGUAUGGUACACAGUUCAUAUUAAUGUACUUAUUUUCUAAAAAACAAUGGUGUUUAACGACUUGAGUGUGUUUGUAUGCGUUGCGUCUGAGUGUGUUUGUAUGCGUUGCGUCUAAUUUGUAUUUACUUUUAUCAAGAAGGAAACCAGUCAGUACACAUUAUGAAAAGACUGUCUAUGGCUUGUUUGUUAUUUGAAGCGAUUUGUUCGUACGUUGAGUUUGAUAUUGGAGAUAUCAAAUACUGAAAUUUUAGACAGCUACAGGUAUUUUAAGCAGAAAAAGAAGUAGGUUUGAGUGCAGUGUCUUUGAGAUAAAUAUCAUUUAAGAAUAUUUAUAUCUUAACGUUACUCCACAGAACAAAAUAAAAUGCAAAAAAGCAAUUUCAAAAAAACUAAAUCUGCGUUUUUCUCAUGAACAGUGUAACCUCUAUUGAGCGGUCACACUAUACAGAAUGACCAAAGGUUACGAUUAAAGUAUGACUAAAUAUGAAAAUCAACUAAA